GCAUUUUGGGCUGGCUCUGAUUAGUAAUUAUCCUGAUGGAAAGUGUGAAUGUGGAGACAAGGAAACAGUGAAGCAUGUAUUAGUGCAGUGCAGGAAGUACUCUUGGGCAGAGAACUGGGUGCAACUGGAGAAACGGUUUUUACUUUACGCACUUUAUUGAAUUUGGACAGUUGGAGCAAAUUGAAGAAACUGAUGGAGUACUUGUGAAGUAUUGGAGUAUAUAAUAAGAUAUAGCUAUUUACAAUUAUUUCUUACUAAGUUGUGAAUAGAGAGUAGAGACCAGUGGAGGGCAGCAAUACGCCAUAGAUGCGUCUAGCCUGCCGUGAAGAAGAAGAAGAAGAAAAGAAAGAAGUGUCAUGGCAGGAAGGCAGCGGGAACUACCGUCUUGGAUGACACUGAACGAUGCAGACAAAGUUAACAAUAAGGAGACAACCAAAAGGAUAACUUCAGUCAAUCGGAAGAAACGAUUUGAAAGAGUGGUUCUCUACUGCAUGAAUGAAAAGGAGCUGGUGGAGGCAGCAAUCAGUUAUCUGACUCAUCAUGGAGGUGAACGUGGCACUAAAGACACUAAUGAUGGAAAACAGGUCAAAAACAGCGUGGUGGGCUGCUCACUAAAUGCGAGAAACAACUAUGUCAUUGAGGAGAGGAGGGCGGUACCUAAGUUGGACAUUGUGGCGGAGUCCUCAGACUCUGAUGUCCAGAGGAGGAAUUACAUCUUGGAGACAUACUACCUCAAUGUAACUGAGGAGACUCUAUUUUAUGCUGAGAACAAAAACUCACAAAAAAGUCACACAGCCCUGAGACCUGAGGGCCAGUGUUUAGGACCAAUUCAAACUCAUGAUCAGGAUGAGGUUAAAGGUCACGUGGUCUCUGGUCAGAACUUUGAAGGAGAAGAGGACUAUUCAAGACUGCAGUUACAUACUGCUGACGAUGACGCCCUCCAACUUGUACGGGAGAUAUUUUUUAGCUGAUGAUGAAUCAUGGAAUUAUGAGGCACUUUCCUUACCAAUCUGAGAAGUUGUCUUACCGUAAUUUUUAUUUUAUUAUUAAACUUGUCCCUCUUGCCCAAUUAAAUUUUUUAUGGGGAGCAUUGCUUGUAACUGCUUCAGGUAAAGACAUUGAUGCUUGCGUAAAUAUGUCAAAAAAGCAUGGACACAUUUAUUUAUGGUGUUCAUUUAAAUGAAAUAGGUUUCGUCACACAUUUACAACAGGGUAAAUCGAUAAUGAGCAAGUUCGAUGAAGACGUUGAUGCUUGGGUAAAUAUCUCAAAAGGACUGACACGUUUUAGUGGUGUCCGAAUACGUUAAGAUAAAAUAGGUGGUUAGGGUCCCCACACCUGCAGACAGGUGGUAGAUUAACUGAUGCACUGAUGACGUACCACCGCACUCAAACUGAGCUCUAGUCCGCUGUCGUCUUUAGAAUAUGUCUACUGCAUCAUUUCACCUCUCUUAAGUAUAACAGUUGGCGCUGUGGAGUCUAUGAAUGUAUUUUAUGAAUGUAUUUUUUUCAUAGUCAAAGUAGCCCAUCCAUCAUCGCCAGCACAUCCAGAGAGAUGUGUUCGAUUUAUUUAUUCUGUUUAGUGUGAACAUUUUACAACGCUCUACAAUGUUCUCCUGAAAUCCUUAGACCAUUAUUUUUCUAAUUGCCCUGUAGUUGUAUGCGCUCUGGGAAUGAAAACAAUUUCAGGAAUGCAGAGUGUGUUGAAACGAAUAAAGUUGUCCAAAAAAUCUGAAGGCUAGUUAACAAUGUCGGGAGUCACUAAAAAUGUUCUCCAGUGAUCCAUAGACCAUUAUUUUUCAGAUUGUUCUCUAGUUGUAUGACUAGAACAUUGUUUAAUGUUGUAAAUGUUUUAAGCAAUUGGCAUAUGGUGUUCAUGAAAACGUCUGUGUGGCGAGACCUGUUUUAUCUCAGUCAGCAUGACUUAACACUGUAAAUAAACUAGUCCGUGUUUUUUUUAGAUAAUUACGCAAGCAGGCCUUGGGCUUCAAGGCCUCCGUACAUUCUUGUGCUACCAGGGGAAUAACCUAUGUGUAAAUGUAAAAAUCUGCUGCUGUAUUUUUUUGUGCGAUCUGUGAAAAUGUUGACUGUUUUGUGUAAUUUAUCAUUGUAUCUCAACUGUAUUUGUAUACAUGUAUAUGCAGGACCCAGCUAUAAAAGAGACCUUGGUCUCCGUCUGGGUUCCUUGUUGAAAUAACGUUAUAAUAAUAAUAAUACAUCUGUCCAAAGAUUCUUAUUUAGGAAAAUCAAUUGGUUUUGGCUAACUUACCUUGUCUUUCCAGGCAUCGUUCUUGAAGAUAUCAGGGCAUACAAAAACAUUAAACAAGAGUUCCAAAAACACUCGAAUAAGUCCUUUUGCAAGAUGCAAAGCUGUCAUUAACUUGAUGCUGGUCUGUAGAUGUUGUAGAAGUAAAAUGUUCUCAUUCAAAA